UUUCAACAGAAGUAAAUUACAUACAUUAAAUCUAAUUAACUCAUCAAUAUCGUCGUCGUCAUCAUCAUCAUCAUCAUCAUCAACACUUCAGAUGGGUGUGUUUUCAACUAUACUACACAAUGAUUAUAACUUUUCAAAUAUCUUGAACUAUACUUUAUUUCAUAUGCCUGGUAAUUUCAUUGUACUUCCAAAUGGUACUUCUUCACAAAGAAAACUAAUCUACGCAAAUUCAUCAAAACAAACUAUCCUUUCCAAAUAUGUUUUAUGCUGGUUAAAAUGAUCAAAAUUGUUUGCAUCUAUUGAUUUUAGGAAGAAAAAACAAAACAAUAAAAGAAUUUUCGUCCAAAUUAGAGCGAAUAGUUUCAUAGUAUUUGGGCGCCGAAUUGAUGUAAGACACAUUAAAUAGGAAUAGUAUAUUUGUGAAAAAUCUCAGCGAAGUGAAUUUGA